AUGAGAGCUUUCGUUCCUUUGAACCGGGCCACACUUGGACUUUUCUGGAGCUGCUUGAGUUUUCUAUACUGCGCUCAUUGUAGUUUAGGCGACAACCAUGUGCAUUCUAGUUUUAUUUACAGGAGAUUGCGUAACCAUGAACGGAGAGAGAUUCAGAGAGAGAUUCUCUCUAUUUUGGGUUUACCACAUCGUCCAAGGCCCUUUUCUCCAGGAAAACAAGCAUCUUCAGCACCCCUGUUCAUGCUUGACCUGUACAAUGCCAUGACUACUGAGGAAGAAGAAGGAUUGAGAACACAAGAGGUUAGAGGGAAAGGAUUCAGCGGGAAGGCUCAUGGAAACUCGCGUAAAGGGUACUACGGCUCUUCGCAGGGACACUCUCGUGUUUCGCAACCUUACCGCGCGGCUCCUCUGACGAGUCAAAGCCCUCCACUCACUACAUCUCACGACACCAACUUUCUAAACGAUGCUGAUAUGGUUAUGAGCUUUGUCAAUUUAGGUAAGCGAAUUGACUUGAGAAAGGUUUCAAGCUUGCUGAUUUGUGCCGUGCGAUGCGCGCCAGCACCCAAAAAUGGCAAAUAUUGUGGCCACUGAUUUAUCACAGUAUUUUUUAAGCCUUAGAACUAUGUCACAUGGCCUUCUCGCUACUCAUAUCUUAAUGUUUAGAUUUGUUUAUAUAUUAUAGGCCUAUUAUUUUUGUAUAUUGUCCAUAUGUCCUUCAAUGCUGCAAACGUACUUUUAACCAUGUUUUUAUUUUAUAUUAAAAAAAUUAAAUACCAGAUAGAUUCGUUAAAAUUCUAACUUAACAACAUUGGUUGAAUUAAAAUGAAUCCGUAUUUAUUUUUCUUGAAUUUGAUUGAAUUCAUUAGACUAAAAAUAAAAACCCUUAACAUGUUAAUCAAAUGUUCCUCCUACAGUAGCAUAUGCAUGGCUAUUAAUUUUGUUGCAGAAAAUGAUGAUAUUCAAUUCGAUUUCCAAUGAAUAGAAGUUGUAGGCUAUUCCUGUAGUAGCAGACCGUCAUUUCCCAUUUGUCACCUAUAGCAGGAACACACACUGUUCUCUUCAAGGUCACUGUGCUGUUUGUCUUAAUGCUGGACUUUUCAUGAUACUGUUGUUGAUGUUUCAAGUCUAUUUUGAUUUCAAUAUCAGUUUCUAUUUCAGUCUUUGAGAUGCCUGAUAUUAAUGUAAGACCAUAUUUACAAGGUCAAACAGUGGUAAAAGCACAAACAACCCACAUCUUAAAAGACCUUAUCCAUGCUCUUUGAAUAAGAUUUGAUUAAACAAGCUGUUUGUAUGGACAUUCUUGAAAUUCUCAUCUCUAUGGAGAUCUUGAAAUAUUCAACUGCAAUAUCAUGCUAAGUCUUGCUUCCACUAAAAUGCAUGACUUUUCUCUUAAACCUUCAUAUUUGACUGACCUAGGACAAUGGUUAUUUGACAAGGGGACAUCAAAAGCAUUCAGCAUGUUAGAUAUCCAGCACAUGCAUUUUGAAUGAAUAGAUGUUUAUCAAAGUACUUCAUAAGGCCCACAUUGGAGUAUUUAUAUGUUUUGAAAUGUGAAAAUGCAUUGUAGCCUAAAGAAAUGCAUUCUGGUAAGAAUGAUUAACACUAUGUUUCUUCAGUAGCUCUGACCUUUAUACCCGCAGUUCAUACUAACUUAUCAGAUGACUGUCUGGCCUUGGUUAAAUUGGCCUUAAUUACGUCCUGUUGUUAAAGAAAGGAAAGAGAUUGAGUGAGGGCUGCACAUAUUCUGCACUUAUUCCUCGUGGCAGUGGGUUUGGGAAGUAAGAUGUGAAAGCAAUAGCAUUGUUAAUUUGUCUUUGUGUCAUUUUUCAUUAAACAUUACAUCCCAAUGGAGAGUGAAAUGUAAUGUAUAUCCCAUUUAAGGGAUAGUACACCAGCUGUAAAAAAACAAAAACAAAAAAACGAUAAAGCCUAUGAUCCGUUGUUAUGGAGCUAGUGAAAUGUUAUACUUGCUUACAUGUGCCACUAUGAUAAACACAAACUACACUUACAGAUGUAGGAUCUUAAUUAAAUCACUCUUUUGUUGCUGAGAAUUUUCCUGCACUGCAGGAAAUGCAGAUGAGCUUUGUGAUUUACAUACAUUCACUGAAAACCCACACUAACACACGGUUAUAUUAACAGUAUUGCACUUUUCAUGUAGCCUACUUUUGGCCAGCUAAUAGCCUAACCACUGAUCAAGCAACAUUAUGGACUAAACAGUUCAAAUCCUGUUGCUGCAGGAUUAUUUUGCUGUGACAAUAUAGGUCAAAUUAAGCUCCUACAUCUAUACAGAGGACACAUCUACCAACAACUACAGUUACAGAGAACACAUUUAACAACAAAGAGGCUUAUAAGAAAUAUAGCUAAAGUGCUGUAUAGCGAAAGCAUGUAAAAGGUAUUUGUGUGAACAUGCUGUUGGAUGUAAAAUCCCUCACCUUGGCCUGUCCCAUCUGUUUGCACUUAGAGCUGCAUGGCAUGUUCACUGUCAGCCUUAAAUGCUCUGUGCUCUCAUUCUGGGGACAGUCAGUGGUAAAGUGUUCAAUGAGACUAUUUACACAAGUGUUACUACUACAGCAAUAAUGGACUUAACUACACUAAUGCUACUACUAACUCCUAUAAUACUACUACUAUUAAUGAUUAUUAGGCCAUUUACGUGAGGUAUUCACAAAAAUGCAUAUUCACUCUUGUCGACAUUACGAUGAGCAAUUAGACAAAAUAUGUAUCAUUUGUCUAGUUCCUCUUCUUCCAAAUUGUCAUCAAAGUUUAUUCACUGAAACUGUUACAUGUCAAGUAGCCUAAGAGGCAGACCCUUUUUAGUGAGUCAAACCACCCUCCGAAUGAAUCUGCAGCUAUCUGACACUUGAAAUACUAUAUACUCAACCUCACUUCUGCUUCACGUUACUGACUAUAGCUAAUCAUGGAGCAAGUCCAUUCUGUAACAGGACGGCCUGACCCAUGGCCUGUGUGUGUUAAGGAACCACAGACUUUCACUGUGGAUAGACUAUCAGUGAAAUGGACUCACUGGCUGUAUAAUUUCACUGGCUGUGCCAGAACACUAACACACCUCAACCUCGAUGCUUUUGUGUGCUGUUUAGCAAGUGUUGGAUGGUUAGCUGUCACUUUGUGUCUUCUUGACUGCAUGAUGACAUCCCUUUGAUUGCAGACAGGGUUCAAAAAGAGGUCUGCUCUUCUUUGUUUGUCAAGUGUAACUCUCAGUCAUAUACUAUAGUACAGAUGUACCAUCUUAAUUUUAUCUCUCUUUUUGUUGCUGAUAAUUUUCCUGUACCGCAGGAAAUGCAGAUGAGCUUCGUGAUUUACAUAAAUUCACUAUUGCACUUUUCAUGUAGCUUACUUUUGGCCAGCUAAUAGCCUAACCACUGAUACACAACAUUAUGGACUAAACGUUCAAAUGCUGUUGCUGCAGGAUUAUUUUGCUAUGACAAUCAGUGGAGGCUCCUCAGAGGAGGAAGGGGAGGACCAUCCUACUCAGUGAAUUUCAGAAAAAUACAAAUAGUGAAACAUUAAAAAAGUUUUCAUUUUUAGAUAAAACUAGACUAAAUAUAUUCAAGUCACCAAACUUCUUACGACAAGCUGUUUAGCAAUGAAGGUCUACAGUAGCCUUAACAGCACCCUCUACUGUAGCAACAUGGUGUAGCCGGAGGACAGCUAUUUUCCAUCCUCCUCUGGUUAUAUUGACAUGAGUACAAAACAUAGGAGGCUCAUGGUUCUCACCCCCUUUCAUAGACUUAGACAGUAAUAAUGACGACUUCAUAAUUACCUACCAGUGCUCUUGCAGUACGAACUGACAUGUUGGCCAUCCAAUCAAAGGAUCAGAUAAUUUAUCUAGUAGCCUACUGAAAGCAUAAGCUACAGCUAGCUAGUACUGCAGUGCAUAAAGUGUGGUGAGUAGUUGACUUAAAAAGAGAGAGAAAGACAAUAGUUGAACAGUUUUGAACAAAUUCAUUUCUUCAAAAAUUAAGGAGAAGCAGCAGAGAGACAGAGAGAGAGAGAUAUUUCGUUGUAUUUUUCCUUUCACUUACUUAGGUAAUGCAGCUAAUUUAGCCUGCUCAACAUCCUGACUCAAACAUUGAGGAAUGCUAGCUAGCUAUUUACUGUAUGUUAGCUAGCUGGCUAAAGUGUAAAUCAUAGUCCACAGAUGCUGAGAUGCGAUAGUCCGGCGUCCCAUUGUGACAUAGCUACGGGGCUCCGGUACCUCUAUUCAUUUGAUUGUAUUGACAGUUGGAGAAAUAGCUUGAGCUGAGAAUGAGAAAAGUAUGAUUGUACAUAUGGAUUGGAUUGUGGGUUUACUAACGCGUUAGUUCUAGUUUGUUGACUAUAACGUUAAUAUGGUGACAACGAUGUAGGCUGUUUAGCAGUUAGAAGUUAUGGUAUCAAGGUUUGGCUUGGAGAGGUUUUUGUGCCAGGUCACAGCUAUUGUGUUGUGCACUGAAGUCCACAAUCAAAGGCAAAAGGUGAGAGGAGGAGAAACGUUUUGAAACUAUUUGGACUAAUGAUUACACACCAGAUCAGCUAGAUGCAGGCAAGAGUGUGCAAGGCAGUAUUGAAUGUGUCACUGUCUGUCAUCUUGAUUACUCCAAUUUGUCUCUCGACCUGUGCACCAACGCUAAAAACUUUCAUUUGCAGGCUAGGUUGUAGCAGCCUCAUGAUGGGUAAAGGGCAAAUUAGAAUAUCAUCCAAUAUGCUGUAAUAUAAAUAAGACCAUGCUCAUAAAAAUUUUUUUUGUCCUCCCUAAUCUUAAACGGCAUGACCGCCACUGGUGACAAUAUUAGUCAAAUUAAGAUCCUACACCUGCAUUUAUCAUUUCUGUAAAUUGUUAAUGUGCACAUUUUAUAUUGUCCUCCUAUGAAACAAGUUUAAAUAGAUAUGUCAGGCAAAGAUAACUGAAUAUAGGUUUCUUCUAUCAAACACGGACAAUAUGUUGUAUAGGAACUACAGGACAUCCAUAUUAGGUUGGAAAAUGAGGUCAAAGCAGUCACUCAAAUCGUUUACUGAAAUAAUGUUUAAAAAAAAGGCUGUCUGGUCUCUUUUUCUCACGCGGAGGGGCAGACGAAAGUGUCUUUCAAUUAUUGAAAUCAGCCUGUUAUUCAUAACUGACAGCACUUUCAUCAUCGGCAGAGAAUGUAGUUCCUCUCACAGUGGAGGGCUUGUCUGGAAACUGCUACUUGUACUCAGUUGACUGAUUGAAUGGACUGGUGCUUUUGUUGGGAGACAAAAUGUUUGGAUUGGCUUUUGGAAUGUGAAAAGUUUACAUAAAUUACAUUUUUUUCAGUUAGGUAGGUUACUGCUGUUACACCACAUUCUGUCGCUUUGCAACACAUUUUUGAUCUAUUGUGGAUCAGGGAAGAAGAUAUCAGUAAUAAUAAUCACUGCUCUGAAUAAGGUUUAUGCAUUGCAUCUCAGCAUGUUAUGCAGUUAUGCAAGUCCUCUAUUUAGUCCUCAUUGACCAUAUUGUCUUCUUUUUCAGUGGAGAAAGACAAAGAUUUCUCCCAUCAGCGAAGACACUACAAGGAGUUCCGUUUCGACCUGACUCAGAUCCCAGAGGGGGAGGUGGUGACUGCUGCUGAGUUUCGGAUCUAUAAAGAUGGCAGUCCUGCCCGCUAUGAGAACAUUACCCUGAAGGUCACCAUCCACCAGGUCAUCAAGGAAUAUCAAAACAAGUAA